AUGUGUCCGCUGCGCAUCAUCCUCAUCUUCUUCUCGGUAGCAUUCGCCGGAUACCUAGCCUGGAAGUCGGCGAGAUCGCCUGCUAUUCACCCGAUCGACGCCGCCGGGGACGAAGGCGCCGGCCGCGAAGGCUCCUCCGGGGAGAUCCGCCCGUUUGAUCUCAAAAAGGUGGCUCGAUCUCGCCGCUUUUCCCUAUUCCUUCUCGUUUUUAUCUGAGGAUCGAUUCGGUUCAUGGAUAUUCUCCCGUUUCCACGAAAAUCGGAGGAUCAUCUCACCGCCUGUCGUCCAGGCCAUCGGGAAUGUGACCAGGGGCUUUACGGACAUGACGAGGGGCAGAUGCGCAACGGCGGCGGUCAAGGGAAGGUGAGGAGGUAGAAGAUCAGAGAGCGGAUCGGAGAUCGAUUCGGGUAUGUUUCCUCAAUCUUCGUCCACGGUUUGUAAUUAGCAAUGCUGCAUCUGUUGAAAUGUUCUUCCACAAGAAAUCUAUCGUGUGUUAUGCGAACAUUUCGUCAGCGACGAAGUCAAUUCAUCCAUCCGGCAUACGCUGGCAUGCGGAUGAAUCUUAUGAGCAUCCAAUAAAUUACUUUAUUCGAACAUAAAAAGAAAACGUCUACUGAGCAAAAAUUGCCGGAACACCUCCUUCAUUCAUAAUUCUGCUAUUUUUAAUGAAUUACCUGUGAAAGAGAAACUUCAGGAGACGCAUUCGAUUAUGUUCAUCCAAUUGAUAUCAGUUGAAAGUUACGGAGAAUUUUCUAGUUUUAGAUCGCCGCAAAACAAAUGAUUGAUCAAGAACUCCACAAGCCACUCAGAAUCUUAUCAUUUAUCCCCCCUGUUGAAGAUGCGACAGAUAUGCUCAGAAUAUUCUUCGCUCAUCUGCCCUGUUCCGUUUAAGGCUAAUAAUCUGCAGCCAAAAACAAUUGUUCGUACUGGGCGGGGCCCAUUGAUUCCGGUUUUGUGGUUGAAGACUGGAAAACAAAAAGGGCCGAAAAUGGCCCGGCCCAAUAAGGUCACUUUAUUGGGUAACGGCAUAAGACCGGCCGUCGUGAUGACACGCAUUCGAAUCCUAUUUAUGAGCCUCUCCACGACCGGCUCGUGGAGGAAUCUCUCUCUCUCUCUCUCUCUCUCUCUCUCUCUCUCGCUAUUUCCUCUCCUCCAUUGA